AUGGCACCCAAUAUUGCCCCCGAAAGUUUCGUGGGCGUAUCGGCCAUUAUUUUCUCAAAAUCUCAGUAUUUUUGGCAAUAAGACCAAUAUGUUCGCUAAAACGAGAUUUCGUUAUAAACAGGUUCCGAUUUCCACGAUUUUACUUUUGAAGGGGCCAAGGAUAUGAUUCGUUAUAAGGAGGACUUCGUUAUACAUAGUAUUACAGCUCGUUAAAUAGAGGUUCUUCUUUAUAUAUUGCAUUAUAUAUUUUCCAUUAAGAAUUUUAGUUUCCUGUUCUGAACACCUAGGUGAUACCAUUCUUUUUUUCCACAUGAUAGAAAGAUAGAUACAGUGGAACCUCUCCUUUGGGACAGUUCUGUUCAGGGGACAUCUCCAUUCAGGGGACACAAAAUUUGGUCCGGGAAAAAUGUUCGCAUAAUCUUUGUAUUUGUUGACUCUAUUGUAGGGAAAAGGGACACUUUUUCUGGGUCCAAAAACCUGGGUUUAACCUCCAUUCAAAGGACAGCUUAACCCUCAAAAGAGACUAACCACAAAAAUCGUUGAUAAGUUUAAGUGUUCACAAGUCACAGUGGCGGCGGUUUUCAAAACAUGAACUCACUAACUUAAAUAGAUGUACUGUACUUAUGGGAAUUCAGCACACAACAUCGCGGAGAUAAGUCAAUCAUGAUUUUUUAUACAUUACCGCUGACAGUCGAACCCCUCUUUACGGACAACAGCUUAAACACCUCGUUAUUACGGACAGUUUUCCCAAUAAGGGCGAAACAACUGUCCAUGGCUGCCACUGCCGGGGUGAUAUGGUUUUGCGCAUGCGUAAGGUACUGGCCGCGAAGUUGGUGCGUGUGCUUCAGCGCUUAAAUCCGUCCCUGGGGAAAGCAAGCCGUCACAUUUUCUCUAAAUUCAACCCGCUUAAUACGAAUACCCCGUUGACACGGACACUUUCUAUGGCCCUCCUCAGUGUCCCUUUUAACGAGGUGUCCGUAUUAAGCACGGGGUUCGAAUGUAAUCUUCGAUAAACGCCGCUUUCUUUUGAUCGGGUGAGGCGUUCAUUCGAGUGCGGCGUUUAAUCGAGUAAAUACCGAGCUGUGCCUUUACAAAUUUUUAAUUUUCAUUCUUUUUCAGCCUGGGGCAUAAAAUGCCGCCAGUGUAAGCCAGACUUCAACAACAUCGCAAAUGUUAAUGCCAACUCGGGAACCUUGACCUUUUGCUCCAAACCCACUGAAAGCUUAGAUUGCAGCAGAGAUCCAAAUAUAGGAAGCUUGGCCGAUUCCUGUUACACCGCAGAUGUCAGGUUAUCCGUAAACACAACGAUCCCAGGCGCCCCCCUUACGGAUAUCCAAAUGUUUGUCCUCAACUGCUCCGUGAUGUCUUUAUGCAGCUUUCUAAAGGAUCAAACCUGCGGGGCGCUGCAGACAGCGUUUGAAGCUAUGCCUCAAAUCCAAGUUAAAAACUGUGAUGUCAAAUGUUGCCAGGGGGAUCUGUGCAAUGAUCCCUCCAAGGCGUCGGUGAAGAUGCCACAAACAACCACACUAUGCGGAAUGUUGGUUUUGAUCGCUUUGACUUUUAUGAACUUUUAA